CCGCAGGCCACUCUGGGAAAUAAACAUGGCCGCCGCGAUCAAAAUAUUGAGUAGUUGUUGUUGUUUGCGGUUUUUGUAGACAAAUACAAUGCCUGAUCGCUACUACAGAAGACAAGAUAAACAGCCAAGAAUGUGAUUUAAUAAUGACAAGAAUCGUUGAUGACGAUGAGGCAGAGAUCGAGGCAGAAAUUCAAAGGCAGUUGGAUGAAAUUUCGGCGGAAAAUCUUGAAAUUGAAGAUUUGGAAGACACUUUGAGUUCGUUUGAGACAAAUAAAAAGGAUGACGGCCUUUUACCGGAAUCUAUCGAAGAAUAUCUCAAGUACGUCCAGUCAAGAACAGAGACCAUCCAGCAAGAAGUGAGAGAAUGUGAUGAUUUUCUAAUCAAGAAUUCUUCAGACAACCAUAGUGAUGAAAUUCUGGCUAAUAGAAUUAAGGAAGCUCUUGGGGAUGAUUGCCAUGACAACCCAUUGGAAAUCAGAAACAAGGUCCUGUCAGAAAUUGAAGAAGUAGAAAAACAAGAGGAAAAAGAAAGGAGCCGUAGAGCAUCAAAUUCCAGCAACAUGACUCUUGACAUCAUCAGGCCAGUUAUUUCAGAUGAGGUAAGAUUGUUAGAAGAAACAGCAGAAAAACAGCUCCAAGAACUUGAAGCGAAACAGUCCAGAAAACAUCAAGAAAGGAUUUUAAAGUACGAGAAAAUGAAACAGGAAGAAAAUAAAAGGUUGGAAAGAGAACAAAAUGCGAGGGAAAUGAGACAAAGAGAACUGGAAGAAGCUCAAAAUCGUUUGAAUGAAACUCAAAAGAUACAACAGGAAAAACUAGAAAAAGAUAUGAUUCAAGAACAGAAAGAACUCAGUCAUUUAGAAGAGAUAUUUCAGAAAGAGAUAAAAGAAUUGGAAGAAGAAAAGGAAAAAGAACAGAAAGCAUUAGAGCAAACAAGAUUACAAGAAGAAAACAACCAAAGAACGAAGAAACACAAGGCAGCUAUAGUCAUACAGAAGUCUUACAGAGGACAUAGAGUAUUUGUGCAAUACAGAGAAGUCCUUCAAGAGAAGAAAACAGAAAGACUCAGAAAACAUGAAGAAGAGUUAGAAAAGAAAUACCAAGAAGAAAUAACAAGAAAAGAAGCAGAAAGACAAUCUCAAGAACUCCAGAAAAAGAUGAGAAUUGAGGAAGAACGCUUGAGAAAAGAAGAAAUAUGGAAAAAAGAAAUGGAAGAAAAGAAAAGAAGGGAAGAAGAAAAGAAGAGAAAAGAGGAGGAAGAGAGAAAAAGAAGGGAAGAAGAAGAAAGGAAGCGAAAAGAGGAGGAAGAGAUGAAAAGAAGGGAAGAGGAAAAGAAAAGAAAAGAAGAAGAAAGAAGAAGAAGAGAAGAAGAAGAAAAGCAAGAGUUAGAAAGAAAGAAAAGGGAAAAUGAAGAACAAAAACGGAGAGAAGAAGAAAUAAGAUGUCAAGAAGAGAUGAAAAAGGAAGAAGAUAGAAUGAGACAGGAAGAACUUAACAAACAGAAGGAGCAAGAGAAGAAAUAUAAAGAAGAAAAGAGAAUAAAAGAACUUGAAAAGGAAGAAAKAAGAAAAAAAGAAACUGAAAGAAAGCAACAGGAAGAAUUGCAAAAAAUUGAAGAAGAGAAAAAAGCAGCUUUGGAAAGGGAAGAAAUGAAGAAAAUUGAGCUUAAGAAAAAAGAACAAGGAAAGGAAAAACAAAAAAUAGAGGAAUACCAACACAAAAAAAGUAACAAACCAUUGAAAGAUGAACUGCUAGUUAAUAGAAAUGCAGUGACUAGUUCAGCAGACCUUUUCAACAUGGAAGAACUCCGGAGAAAGUGGUUAAAUGGCCAUACACUUUGGAGCAUCCAAACUGCAUGUGAAGAUAGGGAACAACCUGUCGCAAAGUCAAGAACAAGGCACAGACCAAGGAGACCAUUUUCAGCAAGCAAAAGCCUUCCACAGUUAACAAAAGAGCAGAUUUUACAAGCUUCGCCUCCUGGGACACCAUUGCACAAAGUUAUCAGAGUUUUGUUGAGUUCUUGUCCUGCCUGUAAGUUACAUGGGCUUGAUUCCUGUCCAAAUCUAAAGGCUCUGGACAUGAAAGAUUGUGGGCUGUUAGCUGUUGAAGGACUUGAUGAGUGCAAAGAGCUGAAAGAACUUACACUUCAGGACAACAAGAUUGAGCACAUCAGURUCAAAGGUUUACAUCAACUCGAGGAAAUGAUUCUACGAAAUAAUAACCUUGCGUCUGUYCAAGGCCUUACUGAUUGUCCUCAGCUGARAAACUUGGAUUUGAGAAACAACAGAGUAACAAGAAUAGGUGAUUUGUCUACUUGCUCAAAUCUUCAAAUUCUUAACCUGAACAACAACCAACUCAUCACUACUAAGGGAUUGUCAAAUCUCAUCAAGUUGCAAUCCUUUAAAUGUACAAAUAAUCACCUCCCAGAUGUGAAGGAGAUUGACAGCUGUCAAUUACUACAGACACUGAAUUUAACUGGAAACAACUUACAGAAGCCUCCAUCACUUACAAAUCAUGUCUUGUUGAGAGAGUUGAUACUUGACGAUAACAGUAUAUCCACCCUUGAGCCUCUAUCUGAUGCCUGGCUGCCGUCAUUAAGAGUGUUGUCUGUCUGUCAGAACAGUAUAUCAGACGUUGCAAAUCUUAAAGGCUGUAUUAUGCUCCAGUCUUUGGACAUUCGAUAUAACCUUAUAUCUGGUGAAUUGCUGUCUUGUAAUCUGAUCAAAAAAUCCUGUUUUUGUAGGAAUGCUGUGAUUGAUGCUCUACUAGUCUUAACCCAGCUUGAUGAUGAAGUACUCCAGACAAAAUCUUCGCCAUUAGAUGGUUCCUCUCCUUUCAUUACAAUGUGCAACAAGCAACUGCAUGAAUACACUGAUAUGAAAUCAAAACAUGAGAAACAGUUAAGUGUCAUUGAUAACAACACAAACGAUUCAUCAAAAGUAACCACAAGAUUGGAAUUAAAGAGCCAACAAUUUAAUGAACUUCUUGAACAAGCUGUUGCACACUUGAUUCAGCACGAAGCUUUUGACAGCCAAAAGCAAACUAAGAAUCCUUCACAAGUUGUGCUGGAUGCAAGUGCUGUGAAUGAUGAUCAAAUGUCAACAGUUGAGGGAAUUUCUUCUAAAACAAAAACGAAAACUGUGAAAGAUGAUAUAUGUAAAGAAACAAGAAAGAUGACUGAUGAAAGAAUACAAACGGAUGCAGCUAUUAAGAUCCAAUCCGUUUGGAGAGGAUGGCAUAUAAGACAUCUCAUCGAUGUACAGACCAAAAAGUGGUUAGCAGCUGUAACUAUUCAGGCUGCAUGGAGAGGUCACUUUUGUCGGUCAAGAUUCAAACGCAGUCGGCAAGUCUCUCGAGCGCGCAAAGCAUUAUGGAAUGCCCGUCAUGUUGCCGCUGCUACAACAAUACAGGCAUAUUACCGUGGAUACCGCAUUCGGCGGAUCCUUGCAGUUGCUCUACAGAAUGUCAAGAGUGACAGCGAUGACGAUGACUUUAACUAUGAUGAGGAGGUUGACUUGUCUGCCUUUGAUUUUGAUACUGGAGUGCUUGACGAUGGCUGGACGCCUAGUGACACUCCACAACUACCGUCAAGAGGACCAGUACUUCCUGGCCAAUCAGCGAUACAAAGCCAACCUCGACGGCAGGCAUGGAGGUCAGCUGACUCACCCUUUGAUCAAGACCCACCACAAGCCAGCCAUUCUCGUGUUCCUGGUAUUAAUGUCAAUCGAAGUCCUGAGCAGGAUUUGAUGUCAGUCACCUCUGGCGCGCAAAGUCACAUGACACACCAAGCUGAGGAGAUGGGCAAUGAAUGGGGUGUUAAGAAUGUUAGUACCGCUGAGCUGAUGUGGAAACGCGCCAACAGAAUGAAGUACAAUCCUGCAAGGAAACGAAAACUGCUUGACCCAACAAAACGACUUGCUUUGUUCAAGAAGCUUGACGAAGCCAAUAAACUGAAAGAAGUGAGGCCGCCUCCUAAACGACGUCCACGAGUGGAUUACUUUACAGCACGUGAAGCGUUAUUGAAAUCAGGCAACACUACACCAACAUCAGAACGAGAAGCAAAGGCUCAAAUGACGUACAGCUGGGUUCAUAGCCAAGGUGUAGUCCACCAAGAUGAGGAAACGAAUUACAUGGGAUUUACGCAAGACUUCAGUACGCAAACCAAGCCUAAAAUACGCUCAUCAUCGCUGACUUCAAAAGGCUCAGUCAGUCUACCUCAGCUUGACCCAGUUCAACUCACGGGCCGAAAUAUUCAUCUUGUGUCGAGUCCAGCUCUAAUUCGUGAACAAAUAAUGUCAAAAGAAACAACGCCACGACGAAAUUCUUCUGUGUCUGAAGAUGUACAUUUUCCUCCAAUUAAAACUUACUCGGUGCCCAACCUUGCAGCCAGGUCAGUCGCAUCAGGAUCAACUAGCCGUUCCAAUGAAAAGAGCAACAGCGCAGGCGCAAGAAUGACCAAUGAGAGAAGAGAACGAAGAUGACAUCACCACUUCAAAUAUCCAAUAAGACAAGAAAAUGACGUCUACAGAAACCAAUGAGGAAAGAGAAGGAAAUGACAUCACAAUCUGAACAACAAAUGAGAGUAGAGAGCAAUGUCUAUACUGACCAAUGAGGAAAGAGCACUGAAAGAGAACGAAGAUGACAUCAUGACCACAAUAUCCAAURAGUGAAGAUAUUGAAAAUAAUAGCGCGUCUGCAUUAGCCAAUGACAGAAAAGAAUAAAAAUGACAUCACGACCACGAUGACCAAUGGGAAUGAAUGUCUAGUUUGAGGUGUAUUAUUGGAAAUCAAUGUCUGUCAAACGUUUGCAACUAGAAAACAACUUCAUAUUCCAACAGAUAAUAAAAUACUUCAAACAAUAUUUCAAUAUUUCUAAUUUUGARCCUCGUUUAAGUACAGGUUUUAUGAAAACGAUUURUACAGAUAUGAUUUAUAAACAUAUUAAAAUUCAGUGAAAAUCAA